UAUUGACUUAUUGAUCUACCCAAUUCCGUAUCAAAAUAAGCUCAAAUUUGCCGAUUUCGAACACCCUCCAAUUCCGAUUCUCCUCGAAGUAAUUUUGGUCCGUCAAGCUUAAGGAGGAUGAGCAGAAUGAAAAUCUCCAACAUGCAUACCAAUUUCAUCUUGAAUCUCUGUCCUCCUCUCCGAUUAUCUUCUUGUAUCUCCUGUAAAUCCACUGACCAUCCAUCACCUUCACUUUCUAACAAUUCGAACAUUGAGAUAAGGGUGUGCACUAAUAGGACUUGCAGGAAGCAAGGUUCGCAUCAAAUUCUUGAAACCCUAAUUGGAAUUUCACCUUCUCAUGUCUCUAUCAAUCCUUGUGGAUGUCUGGGUCGAUGCGGUAGCGGUCCCAACCUUGUGGUUUUGCCUCCCGCAGCAAUAAUCAAUCACUGCGGGACUGCCGCUCGUGCUGCUCAGCUCAUGGUUGAUGUUUGUGGUGUUGGAGAUAACUGUGGGGAUCUUGGAAAGAGGAGUUUGGAUGCUCUUGCUUUGAGAAAAAGGGCUGAGAAUGAGUUUCAAAGGCAGAAUUUUUCUGAAGCUGAGGCAUUAUUCUCUCAGGCUGUAGAAGCUCAUCCAAUAGGAGGGAUCCAUAUUGCAUACAAGGGCAGGUCUGCUGCAAGGCUGGCCUUAGGCAACUUCAGCGGAGCUCUUGAAGAUGCUAAAGAAGCUAUAGUAUAUGCCCCAAAUUAUGCUGAGGGUUAUAUUUGCCAAGGUGAUGUUUUUCUAGCCAUGGAUCAACUAGAAGCUGCUGAGGAAUCUUAUGGCAUGGCUUUGGAGACUGAUCCUGCAUUGCGUCAUUCUAAAGGUUUCAAGGCUCGAAUUCAGGCGCUUCAAGAAAAAAUGGCUUCUACAACAAUGUCUAACUAACUCAUUGAGAAUUUUGCUGAAGUAGUUAAGAUGGAGAUCUUCUAUGCUGUCCAGGUUGUGUUUCUUUGUAAUUUAAAUGCAUAUAAUAUUGGUUAUGUAAAUAUCUUCUGUAGCUCAAUUGAGGGACCAGGAAAUUGUAGUUUGCAGGUUGAUCUUCUCUACUGUUUGCGGUAUCUAUUAUUUUUCAUAUAUGCCUUUUGUGUCUUACCUAAAUAUUGUUUUUUUAAUCGUGCUCUGGUCUUGCUUUGAUUGAACUACAUAUUUUAAGUCUUGAGUCCAUUGCAUAUUGAUCUUGUAGAUAUGCAUCUGUCUUCUAGUGAAUAUAUUGCUGAAGCCACGCCGGUAUUAGCCUAGUUCUUGUGGGAUUUUUUUGGGCUUUCUACCUCUGACAUUUAUAUCUGUCUAUUUAAGAAAAAAACACUUUCAAGUAAUUAUGUGAGACAAACUUGCUUAUGCACAUAAUGCUCGUGUUUUUAUACUAUCCUUUUUCCUAGCAUGUAGUGGGCGUCGUACAUUUACAUUGAUCUUAUUCCAUGAUAAAUAGUCAUACAAAAGUUCACCCAUGUGUUACCUUGUGCCACAAGUGUUGAAAGUGAUCUUCGGAUAAUUUCCACUAGUUUGUGAGUUAAGGAUUGAUAAUUUCCUAUUGAUUCCCUUUAUUUCUGUUGUAGAAUCAAGGUAUCUCCGAAAGUGUGUACAUUAUUUUUGUACAAUGUAACUACUCUAAAGAGCUUUCUAAUUUGACUAUUGGCAGCCUUUAAGACCGGAUAUGUUCCCCCUUUUACCUAAGCCGUGUUCUUCUGAUUAAAUAGCCUCUUUGUAUUCUAUAUUUCCAUAUUUAUGCAGUGUCAAAGGACGAAAGCUGAUCCCAGAUGAAAUGAAAGAUCUUUGCAAUUGCUCCGACUUGUGAUACUGCCAAAUGAGUUCAUCGUAAUCUCCAAAAAUAGAUCCUGCUACUUGUUUCACAGUGAAAACAUCUGGAGUUACUAAGUAGAACAUCUAUUCGAGGGCCAUGUUCCGUUAGUUAACUUAUCGCUGUUGUUAUUCGAGUUUGAUGGUCAGAGCAUCAUGCUGAAAGUGAAGAUAUAAAAGUGCUUAUUGAGAGUUAGGCCGCUGCUUCAAUGCAUUUAUUUUGUUUUGGGUAUGCUUGCUAGUUAGUUCAUGGCUAUUACAAUAUAACAUGUACUGAUACCAUUUGAAAGGGGAAAUAUAGCAAAUCCCCCAAUUCUUUAAUCAAGAAUGCUCCUCACCUUUUUAUGGAUGUGAAUUAGCCCUGUAAAUA